GUGUCGGAUGAUGACUUAUGUCCUCGGGAGUGAUUGGAUGGCAGCAAAAUUUAUAAACGAGCACAGGACGAUUGGAGCCUGUUUUCCAGUUUCGAAGAAGAAGAAGAGUGAAUCAAAGGUCGUCAUGAGCGGAUGUCCUUACUUUGAGAAGAGGCAUUUGUUGUUUAAAAACCGGCCUCCACAACCCGAAGAAGAAGAAGAAGAUGCCGCUCAGGCAGGCGUCAACCGGGCCAGUAAAGGCGGCAUCAUCUAUGGAGACUACCUCAACCUGGAUAAAAUAGUGACAGCUCAAGUGCUGCAGAGUGAAGUGAAGGGGAAUAAGAUUCACGAUGAGCACCUUUUCAUCGUCACCCAUCAAGCCUACGAACUGUGGUUCAAACAGAUCUUGUUUGAACUGGACUCCGUCCGUGAGAUCUUCAUUAGUGGACACGUGCGAGAUGAACGCAACAUGCUUAAAGUCAACACUCGCAUCCAUCGAAUUGUGAUGAUCUUCAGACUGCUGGUGGACCAGUUUGCCGUGCUGGAGACCAUGACAGCCUUAGACUUUUUUGACUUUAGGGAAUAUCUGUCUUCGGCCUCUGGCUUCCAAAGCCUUCAGUUCCGGCUCCUGGAGAACAAGAUUGGGGUUCCUGACAACCUGAGGGUGCCGUACAACAGGCAGCACUAUCGGGAUAUCUUCAAGGGUGAAGACAACGAGAAGCUGACCACCACCGGAAUGGAGCCAACGCUCCUAAAACUAGUGGAGGAGUGGCUGGAGAGAACUCCUGGCCUGGAAGUGGAUGGCUUCAACUUCUGGGGAAGGCUGGAGACCAACAUAUUUGAUGGACUCCAUAAGGAGGGAGUGGAGAUUGAGAAAAUGUCCGACUGUGAGGACAAAGAGGAGCUGAUGGCCGAGCUGCUGAAACAGAAGGAGCUCUUCACGUCUUUGUUUGACGUUAAGCGUCACGAGCACCUUCUCAGCAAAGGUGAGAGACGGCUGUCCUAUAAAGCUCUGCAAGGCGCCCUCAUGAUCUACUUCUAUAGGGAGGAACCAAGGUUCCAGGUUCCAUUCCAGCUGCUCACCUCCCUCAUGGACAUCGACACGCUCAUGACCAAGUGGAGAUACAAUCAUGUAUGCAUGGUGCACCGUAUGAUUGGCAGCAAGGCCGGCACUGGGGGGUCAUCUGGCUACCACUACCUGAGAUCCACUGUCAGUGAUCGCUACAAGGUCUUUGUGGACCUCUUCAACCUGGCCACCUUCCUAGUGCCUCGCCACUGGGUCCCCAAGCUGAACCCCAACGUCCACACCUUCCUCUACACGGCCGAAUGUUGUGACAGCUCCUACUGCAGCAGCGAGGAUUCUGACUAAGCCCCCUUUUUAGCCGACAAAUCAAUUUUUUCCCCCUACACACUAAACCGCAUCAUUGUACAUUAAACACACCAUGGUCCCGCCAUUACCGUCUUUCAAAACCUCCAAAAAAUCCCACUUGGCUAUCUUAAAGGGAUGUAAAUACAAUUAUUAGUGCUAAUAUUUGAUGGUCAGCAUCUAAAACUAUGAAAUAUAUAUUGUAUAUAAUGUUGAUAAUUAUCAGCCACAACAAUAGGUAAACCAAAUGAAAUUAAAGUAUAUAAAAAUAUACAUAUAUUAUAAUUGGAUGUGCAUGUGUACCUAAUGAUGUGGCUGGUGAGUGUAGAUGCUGUAUAGACAUGUGAAUAAUUGUUUUUAAAUAUGAUGUAUGUAUUUAUGCAGCGAUAUCCGUAAUCGUUGUGUACAUUCAUUUAUAACCGAUGUCACCUUUUUCCUAUUUAAAUAUACAUAUUUGUUGUACAUAGCAUGUGUUAUUGUUUUGACAGUUAUGGACUGUUUGUGUGCAUUAUUAAAGGCCUCAUUAAAAUGCA